AUGGCAGACAGAUACUCAUUUUCACUUACUACCUUUUCCCCUAGUGGAAAGUUAAAGCAAAUAGAGCAUGCCCUAGCGGCCGUCAAUCAAGGUGUUACUUCUUUGGGUAUCAAGGCAACAAACGGUAUUGUUCUUGCCACAGAAAAGAAAUCUUCGUCAAUACUAGUGAAUUCUGAUUUUACAGAAAAAAUUUCCCAAAUUACACCAGAUAUUGGAGCAACUUACUCAGGAAUGGGUCCAGAUUUCCGUGUAUUGGUUGAUAAGUCACGUAAGGUUUCACAUACCAAUUAUAAGAGAAUAUACAAUGAAUAUCCACCGACAAAGAUUUUAGUGUCUGAUGUAGCUAAGAUCAUGCAAGAAGCGACCCAAAACGCAGGUGUCCGUCCCUACGGUGUAUCGUUACUUGUGGGUGGAUAUGACGAAAAUAAUGGGUUUAUGUUAUACCAGGUUGAUCCUUCAGGUUCAUAUUUCCCGUGGAAGGCAACAGCGAUAGGUAAAGGAUCGAACGCUGCUAAGACUUUCCUUGAGAAGAGGUGGAACGAUGAACUAGAGUUAGAAGAUGCAAUCCAUAUUGCCCUACUCACUCUUAAGGAAUCAAUCGAAGGUGAAAUGAAUGGUAAUACUGUUGAAAUAUGUGUUAUUGGUAAUGCAAACGAUGAAAUGUUAGGUUUCAAAGGCGCAACAGGUGUCUCUGGCCCAAGGUUCCGGAAGCUUACUGCGCAGGAGAUUGAUGACAGACUCGAUUCCUUGUGA